AUGUCUCGCCGUCGAACCUCCCAUAGCGAGCCCAUGAACGAGGCCCUAGCAUACCCCUUCUCCUCCACAUCAACAGUCAACGCCAACGGCCAAAUGCCACCCGCCUCGCCGCCGCGUCGCGGACCCAUCGAAGGUCCCAAUGGCCGCCGUCUUAUCCGGCGCGUCACCUGGCGCUCGUCCACCUACAAACUCAUGGCUUCGCUGUGGGUGUUGGGUGUACUGUAUAUUCUGUGGUUGAUUCGGGAUUUGUUCUAUUUGCCUUUUACGCCAUCCGAGGCUAGUCCGCCUCGUCCUGCUGAUGCGUGA